AUGGAAGCAGGGUAUUGGAGACGCUGGUUGCCGAUUGUAAUGGCAGGCCUAUUCCUAUACGUAGCUUGUCCAUUGAAGAGAUUACGUUGGCCACUGAUAACAAAAAUUAUGGUCCUGCUCUGCAAUGGGAUACAUGGCAUAUGGGUUCUCUUAGGUCGAGAGAUUUCUGUAAAGAAGUAUGCUAAACAGAACCAAGUCCUCACUGAUAUGGCUAUUUCUGCAAAGAUGAGGGCGCACAAGAAUGUUUUAAUGCUAAUAGGUUGCUGCCUCGAGACUCCAAUUCCUCUUUUAGUAUUCGAAUCGACUCAGAAUGGAACUCUUGCUGAUCGGAUUUAUGCCUAUGAUUAUGUCGGAACUCCACUACAACGACAACCCAUCGGGUGGCAGAGCAGGUUAAACAUUGUGAGGGAUAUUGCUCAUGCAGUCGCAUAUCUUCAUCAUGAGUUUUCCAAACCCAUCAUCCAUAGAGACAUAAACCUUCAGAAUGAAACUCGAGUACAGGCCGUUCUCUAUGGGACUAAUGGAUACACUUGCCCCAGCCAUUUAGCUACAGCGUGGUUAACGGAGAAAGCUGAUGUAUAUAGUUUCGGUAUGCUUCUGUUAGAGCUCAUAACUGGGCAGAUAUCUAGUCAACUUUAUAUAAACGCUGGAGUUACAGAUGUCCUCAUGGCAGAAGAAGCUUCUUUUGAGCAGCAAGUGCCAGCUGAAUGGGACAAUGCAAACGAGUGCAUAAGAAAAUGUGAUAUAAUUGUGGAUCCAGCAAUCCUGGCAGAAGGUGGAGGAGCUUGUGUUGAGCGGCAAUUACAAGCUGUAUUUGAACUUGCUUUCACAUGCAUGGAGUACAAUCCGGAGCUAAGGCCGAGUAUGAUUGAUGUUUCUAAGAAACUAAGAUGGAUUGGGAGAUCAUCCUUAUCAUAA